AUGGCGUCCAAGCUCAGUCUAAGCUCUACGGUGAAGCUCAACUCCGGGUAUGAGCUCCCCUUGCUGGGGUUUGGUGUAUACCAAACACCCAAGGAGCAGGCAACUGAAGUGUGCAAGGAGGCCUUGAAGAUUGGCUACCGUCACAUCGACUCGGCGUCAGCCUAUCGCAACCAGGGGCCCUCAGCCGCCUCCAUCCCGGCCUUGGGCAUCGCGCGCUCCGACAUCUUCUUCACCACAAAGGUGCCGGUGCGCCAGUACCCGCUCGGGUACGACAACACGCACAAGCUCGUCGACAUUGCGCUCUCCGAGACGGGGCUCGACUACCUCGACCUGGUGCUCAUCCACUCGCCGUACGGCGGGCCCGAGAACCGCAAGGGCGCGUGGCGCGCGCUCGUCGAGGCCGUCGAGGCCGGCAAGGUGCGCUCCAUCGGCGUGUCCAACUACGGCGUGCACCACCUCGACGAGCUCGAGGCCUACAUCGGCGAGCUCGAGGCCCAGCGCGGGGGCAAGGGCAAGGGCGGCGUCAUCUCCGUCGGGCAGUGGGAGGUGCACCCGUGGCUCGCCCGCCCGGACAUCGUGCAGUGGUGCCGGGCCCGCAACGUCGCCGUCGAGGCCUACUGCCCCAUCGUGCGCGGCGAGCGCCUCGGCGAGCCCAAGGUCGUCGCCCUGGCCCAAAAGUACGGCAAGACGCCGGCGCAGGUGCUGCUGCGCUGGAGCCUGCAGAGGGGGCUCGUGCCGCUCGUCAAGAGCGUGACGCCGUCGCGCAUCGCCGAGAACGCGGGCCUGUUCGACUUUGAGUUGACUGACGCUGAGGUCGAGGACCUGGCGACCAAGGACUACAGCCCGUGUGCGUGGGAUCCCACCGUGGAGCCGCUGGAGAAGUGAUGGAACAGCACGAAGUAGUACAACGAUCCUCCGGCUUCUAGCACUUUUAGAUGGGGGCACACCCACGCUGCCGGCUGGGCGGGCUGGGCUAUAUCAGGCCACACGGCAGCUAGACCGGACGGAACAAUACAUCCAUC